AAAUUAUUAUUCAUAAAUAAACUGUUCUAUUCAAUUCUAUUCUAUUUCUUACUUCUAAUUUCAUAAUUAUAAAUAUUUGUUAACCUAAAAAUGUGACCUGACCAAGAUGCGCGCUUUUUAAGCAAUUGUUAAGGACCACUCUUCUUAAGGCCUACCAAACAUGGUAAUUUUAUCGUUACCUAGACAUUGAAGAUGCUUCAGAAAAUGUACUUUUCAUAUUUUAUUAUGAUUAAGACAAUGACUUAUUGUCUCUGGCUGCUAUCAAUUGACUUAAAAGGGAUAAAAUGCAGAAAAAUUCAAUUCUCAUAUAUUUAACCUCAAUUUGGUUUGAGCAAGUCAAAUGGAUUUGAUCUGGACGCUAUAUUUCAUUGUUUGAAAAUCUCCAAAAUGUGUACCAAUGGUCAAAAUAAAUUAGCUUGGUUAAGGAGGGUCCGAUAUACAGCUAAAUACCAGAAAAAUGAAAACACUACCAAACCACCCAAAACACGAUCAACAUUUAAACUUUUCAGUUUAAAUCAUCAUUGUGUACUACCAAUAAUACAACGCAAAGCAAUGGGAUUAACAAAGUUUAGUUAUUUGCUGUUCCUACCAAUCUUGGUUUCCGAGUGUUUCUUCAAUCCAUUCAGAUGGAGGCAAAAUACAAAUUGUGACAGUUACAAUUACAACAGUGUACAAUCUCACAUGCCUUACAAUUGUGGAUAUCAACAAUUAACUCGUCCCUAUUAUCCGCAAUAUCAAUCAAUGAUGGAAACCAUGGAAAAUUAUCCUUAUUAUGGAAUGCACCAACCAUUCAAACCAUUCAUGAUCAGUGGCCAACAACAAUAUUAUGGAUCAAAGAGUCCUUCUUAUUACCCAAAUUAUUAUUACAACUCUUAUAGUUCUCUGGACUCUUCUAUGGCCAAUGGUUACUCUAAAAGCUGGCCUUACUCUUCAUUCCAACCAAGUGUUCAGGUUCCACCACCAGUUAGCAAAGUGAACACUCAACAGAUCAAACUUAAAUCAUAUUAACCGCAAGUGAACAAGGCAACUUUUGUUAAUUAGCAUCACCUAAUCAUCUCUUAUUAUCACUUUCAUUUUUCCACCGUAAUAUACUUUUACUUCAUUUUCAAUUGGUAUACACAAAAAAAUUGUAAUUUUGCGAUUAAUAAA